AUGUCUUCAGGUACACUGCACAUCAAAGAUUCACGGACAAAUCUGCAAUACGAGAUCCCAAUUUGGAAGAAUGCAGUAUCCGCGCUCGAUUUUAAAAGAAUCAAAGCACCAGGAACCGGUACGAACCGUGCUGAUCAAGUUGCAGCUGGACUAAGAGUACAUGAUCCGGGAUUGCAGAAUACGACUGUGGUGAAAACAGCAAUAAGCUUCUCGGACCAUGAAAGAGGACUGCUUCUGUUCCGUGGGUAUAGCCUGGAAGAGCUGUGGGAUAGUGACUUCGAAGACAUGGUGCACCUCUUAGUAUGGGGCUCGUAUCCAACCAGCCUCCAAAAGGAGAAUCUUCGACGACAGUUGGCUGAGCUCAUGUUGGCCGUACCGGAAAGCGUCCACCAAGCAAUACGAGCGCUGCCAAGCACCACAUCCUCAUUACCGCUUAUUACAAUAGGUCUUUCUGCAUAUUUGGCAUCUGCGCAGGGGAUAAUUCCCACUUCCACGACUGCCAGUUCAUACCUGGGGAAUCCAGAUGCUACAGACGGUGCAAUCCUCCGUACCAUUGCCGCAUACGCAGUAGUGCUUGGGGUUGUCGCAAGCCACCGCAAUGGAAUCAAAUUUUCUCCGCCCUCGCUGGACAGCAAUUACUGUGAGAAUCUUUUCACAAUGGCAGGGCUGGUCCACCCAGAUACCCGCCGUCCGGACCCAGUGAAGCUGUCUUGCUUCCGGCGAUUUACCGUGCUAAACGCUGAUCAUGGUAUGGCGCUCGCCGUUUUCUCCGCCCUCGUCACAGCAUCAUCCUUGUCUGACCCUAUCUCGUGCCUAAUUGCUUCCACGGGGGCAGCAUGGGGCUCACUCCAUUUUGGUGCCACUGAAGCCGCCCAACAGGCGCUCCGGGAAAUUCGAAGCCCAGAGAACAUUCCUGGGUUCAUCGAUGAGGUCAAAAAGGGACGCAAGAAGCUGUUCGGGUAUGGCCAUCGCUCUUACAAGGGUGCUGACCCAAGAGUGCGUCAUAUUCAGUCCAUCCUGCAUGACUUGGAUCCGCUGCCGAACGAUCUCUUGAAACUAGCCGAGGCGAUUGAACAGGCCGCGUCGAAUGAUGAAUACUUCCGGAGUAGGAGUCUUUACCCUAACGCCGACUUUUAUGGAAACUUUGUCUUCACGGGGAUAGGGUUUGAGCUGGAUAUUCUCCCUGGAGCGAUGCUGGCACAGCGCAUUAUAGGAAUCAUGGCGCACUGGAGGGAAUAUAUGCUCACACGCGGUAAAUUGUUUCGACCAUCUCAUAUCUACACAGGCGAUGCAGGGGAGGAAACAACGCCAUUGCUAGCAUCCACCCAAAAGCCGUAUUCUGUAUUCUCUCCCACGGCGAAACGACUCAUUAUCCUAACUGCGACGCUGGCAUCCAGCUUUUCCCCCUUAUCAGCAAACAUCUACUACCCAGCACUGAAUGCGCUAGCCAAAGAUCUCAACGUCUCCAGCUCUCAGAUCAACCUCACGAUCACCACCUACAUGAUCUGCCAAGGUCUAGCUCCGACCUUUUUGGGCUCCUUUGCAGACCGAGCGGGUCGUCGUCCAGCCUACAUCCUUUGCUUCCUCGUUUACAUAGCCGGAAAUAUCGCCCUUGCCCUACAACACAACUACGUAGCCCUCCUGGUGCUCCGUGCAGUUCAAAGCAGCGGCAGCAGUGGCACUGUCGCUCUUGCAUCUGCAGUAGCUGCGGAUAUCAUCACAUCUGCCGAGCGAGGCGUUUACAUGGGCAUCACUUCCCUGGGAAACAUCCUCGCUCCGUCCCUCGGCCCUAUAUUAGGGGGAAUUCUCAGCGAAUACUUGGGCUGGCCAGCUAUAUUCUGCGAUGGCACGCCCAAUCCAUCCACCGCGAAAAAGCUAGCGCUUCCAAACCCCCUCGCUUCACUCCGGCUACUAUUCCACCUCCCCACGGGCCUGAUUCUUCUCUCUAACGGAAUCGUCUUUGCAAGCUACUACGCCGUCAUGGCCGGAAUCCCAUCUCAAUUCAAACAGAUAUAUGGACUCACGGACCUAGGUAUUGGAUUCACGUUCAUCCCGGUAGGCCUGGGAUCCUUAAUCAGUGCAACCUUCAACGGUGCAAUUGUGGAUUGGAACUACAGACGGAUCCUUGCUACCACGGGAACCACGCACGUAGCCCGACCAAAAAGUCCUAGACCGCAGCCAAACGGACAUGCAACAACAAUCCCGGAAACAGAAGAAGAUUUCCCCAUUGAGCGCGCUAGAUUGCAGAUUGGCGGUCCUAUGACGAUCGCCUCGGCAAGCAUAGUCCUAAUCUAUGGGGUCUGCAUAGACUCGCACCCCCCACUCCCCGUCGCACUAGCCCUAACCUUUGUCGUCUCGUUCUGCCUCACAGCCGCCUACAACGUCAUGAACGUUCUUCUGGUGGACUUGUACUACACAACGCCUGCCACCGCAAUGGCAGCGAAUAACCUUGUCCGGUGUUUUCUCGGAGCCGCUUCCACAGCCGCCGUCCAUCCGAUGAUCGUGCGAUGGGGGAAUAGGAUCACCUAUGCCUUUACAAUAAUGAACCUCUCAAUGCACUUACUCUCCACAUUUCUCUGGUUCCUUUUGCGCUGGCCGUUCGUUGCGUGCCAAUCCGAACUCCUGCCUCAUGAUCUACCAAUCCUCCACAUGCGCUAUCCGCAUUCCCAAUGGAUAUCCCCCGGUAAUACGCUCAGAAUGUCGGACACCCACCCCCUACCCGAGCUCAGCAGCGCCGGCCUCAACAAAAACCAGACCUACCUUCUCCUCUUCGUCGACCUGGACGUGCUCUACGGCUCCACCUCCACCGUAGUCCUCCACUGGUACCAGCCCAACAUGGUGAUCCGUCGUCCCCAGACUCCUCCUCCUCCUCCUCCUCCCCGGGUAUCCCGCAGAGAAAGCGAACCGCCCGAUGGUGUCCUGGUGAACCUCACCUCCGGCGGCGCAGAAUACAUCGCCCCGCAGCCCCCGCGAAACACCCACCAUCGCUACGUGUACCUGCUUUUCCACCAGGGCGCGGACUACGCAUUCCCGGACUGCUUUGGGUAUAUCUUUCCCCGCACUCCGCAGGCCAGAGCCGGGUUCGAUGUUCGGCAGUUUGUCGAGGUCGCGGGGCUGGACGCUCCCCUGGCUGGAAACUAUUUUUUUGUGGAAAAUGAUGAGCCCCGGACGGGGACGGGGACGGUUACCACUACUACUACUACUACUACUACUACUAGUACGUCUCUUCUGAACCCGACGACGACGUGGUUGAGAUCUGCGCCUUGCGAGACAGCAACAACAACAACAACAACAACGGGUAUGCCCCGCCACACGGGCUUGGUGAACUCGGUAGCAUGUGAGAGACAAGGAAUCUGGCAGAUUGUUAUGUAGGACAGGUAUGGUAUUUGGCAUCAACUGCUAAGAAUGG